AAGUCCCGUCACGUUGGUAGCAGUUCUACAUCCAUUCCUAGGGCCCCGAAAAAUGGGUAUCGACGUCAACCACAAGUGGGACCGUAAGGUCGUGAGGACAGAGCCGAGAUCGCAGGAUGUCUACUUGCGGCUCGUUGUCAAGCUCUACCGUUUCUUGGCGCGUAGGACGGGCUCCAAGUUCAACAAGGUCGUGUUGAAGCGUUUGUUUAUGUCAAAAAUCAACAGACCUCCCAUGUCCGUCGCUAGGAUUGUCAGGUACAUGAAGAAGCCGGGUCGUGAGGGCAAGAUCACCGUCGUCGUCGGCACAGUCACUGAUGACCAGAGGAUAUUUGACAUCCCUAAGCUCACAGUCUGUGCUCUCCGUGUGACCGACAGAGCCCGUGCUCGCAUUUUGAAGGCUGGAGGUGAAAUCCUGACCUUUGACCAGCUGGCACUGCGUGCCCCCAUCGGAAAGAACACCGUUCUUCUUCAGGGUCGCAGAACCGCCCGUGAGGCGAACAAGCACUUUGGACCAGCUCCUGGUGUUCCUCACAGCCACACCAAGCCCUAUGUUCGGUCCAAGGGAAGGAAGUUCGAACGUGCUCGUGGUCGCAGACGCAGCUGUGGCUACAAGAAGUAAUCAUUUGUAUACACGAUGGAUCAUUUCAAUAAAAUACCUGGUGUUGUGAAUAACACCUUCGUUCUGGCUCCAGCUAAA